AUGGCACGCUUCACACUUUGCAUUAUCUUUUUGGUGUCGGCUCUGAUGGCGGGCAGAGUGGCAGCGGACACUGGUUACCCAGCUCCUCCCCCCGAAUACGCCCCGCACAUUCCCAUCCUGAAGGACGACAGAACGCAGAACAGCUACGGAGAAUAUACUUUUGAUUUCCAGUCAGGGAAUGGGAUCGCACGACAAGAGGCUGGCAGUCAGAAUGACGGCCAAGUCUCCCAGGGCGGCUGGACCUACACAUCUCCCGAGGGGGAACAAGUGGACAUUUCCUUCGUGGCUGACCAUGGAGGAUACCAACCCCAGGGGGCAGUACUCCCAGUGGCCCCACCACUCCCCUACACUCGCACGGGACACGGCGUUUAA